AUGGAGGAAUCUAGCAAGAAGAAGGAAAGAAACGGGGUGUUGGAAAACUUCCUCAGGAAAGGCAUAGACAUUAGCAAAUUUUCGACUAGGAAAAAAUAUGCUCUGUUGAUGUUGUUCUGUGUGUACAUAAUAACCUGCGUGGGGAUAUUCUUUAACUGGAUUUCUUUGUCGGAUUUUUUUUAUCACGGAAAUGUGUACAUAGACGAUUGCAAAAAUGUGCACUCGGGAGGGAGAAAAAACUUGGAGGGUAAAUCAUACAGUUGUGAAGAGCAGGACAAGAGAGUGCAAGCCUUAUACCCAAUUAUCCUGUGCUCAAAUUUUAUCAUGUCAGCCAUAUCGGGUGUCUUUUUUGAUUAUUUUGGACCCAAAAUUACUGCGUUAAUUGGGCAUACCUUUAACAUCAUUUCUUGGAUUUUAAUUGGGUUACAGAAGGAAGGCAAAAAUAACACCAUCAUUUUUGGAGCCAUAUUUUUGGGGCUCUCUUGCGACUCCUCCUACAUACCAAUUCUCAGUUUAAUUUACUUAUUCGAAGAGAACCAUACGAUGUAUACUGUCAUCUUAGGAUGCUGUGCUUCUUUAAGCUUCAGCAUACCCAUAUUUUUGGACCUGUUCACCUCGCCAAAUGACGCCCAGUCGUUUCAGUUAAUUUGCUUACUAUAUUGCGCGAUCAUUUUGGUUCCCUUUUUCUUUGUCCUUUUGAUUUUUCUGCCCCUCAAGCAUAUGAGCGGUGGGGAUCCCGUUGCGGAGGAAGCCCAGGGGAGUAACAACAAGACGCUGCAGGAGUUGGAGGGGUACCUCGUGUCGGGCGUGCCCCCCAUGGAUGGCCCAGUGGGUAGCCCGAUUGAUCGGGAAGUGGAUAGUCCGACCCAUCGCCCAGUGAAUAGCCGAAUUGAUCGCCCUGCGGAUGACCCUGUGGAAUUCCCAUAUGACCGCCCCUGCUCGAGCCAGGGGGACCAGCUCAGUCUGCACCGCGGAAGGCACGUAGCGGAUGAAGCACUUGUGUCCCUCUAUGCAGAAUACGAACAUGAGCUGGAAGGAGAGAAAAACAACCUACGCGAGUUGAUGAUCGAAAGGGCUCUCACCUCGUCGUCCUUUAGCUUAUCCUCAGCAAAUGGGUGCGUACUGAGGAGGGUUGGUACACAUACGUCUAGCAAUUUUAUCCAGCGGGAAGAGGGCUCCAAUGACGUCUUUUCACAAAAAGGCAGUUCUUCUCUCAUUAUGGAUGAACGUUAUGGGCGCAGUUCCUCCGUCCGAGGGAGCAUUCCAACUGGGGGUGGGUCCAUAAAGAGGGAUAUAUCAAACAAGAAUGAAGUCAUCCAUUUGGAUGGGAAGCUUAGCAAAAACGUGGACUACAAGCGUAACUGUAAUAUUAGACCCCCCAAGUGCAACGAGACAGGAUCGAAUUUCUUCUCCAUCAGAUACCUCAGCAUCUGCUAUUAUUUCACUAUAUACAAUUUAUCGCUAGUUAACUACAACGAGUGUGCAAAGUUAUUUUUUGCAGAUUAUUCAGAUGUGCAGGAGCUUCUAAAGAUAUUCGGACCGUUAUCAGUGAUCUCCUGUGCAGCGUUUGGAUUCCUCAUUCGCAAGUUUCACAUUCUCCUCAUUAUUCUAUCGCUGCUGAUGAGCAGUCUUCUCAUGUAUCUUUUUGCCGUGAUGAGAAGCAAAUUAUUUGCCUACUUGAGUACGCUGUUCUAUCUCAUAGUAACAGGGUGCUACACGACACAACUGUAUUGUUACAUCCAGCUUAUGUUUCCAAAACGUCAUUUCGGGAAGAUCGCAGGCACCACCAGCAUGAUCAGCGGGUUGUUGUCUCUAUUGAACAUUCCCAUCUAUAAUUACUUCAUCGUAGAUUACAGUAAGAGUGACCCGAACCCGUUUGCCUACGUUGUGAUUGCUCUCUUGGCGUCCACCUCACCUUUGCUCCUCCUUACGUACAGGAGGGCCAAUGGGGGGCUGCUUCCGCGUGAGCGUUAG